CUCCCAUUACUCGGCGCGCAUCUUUCGUUGCGGUUUCAAUGAUGAAGGUUCUCACAAGAGCAGCACAGCGUGCAAUUCGCUUGACACCGGUCCAGCAUGGUUCCAGAACGCAUAUCAGAGCUCUGUCAAAUUCCAUAUCUUCCGAUCUGUAUGGGCAUCGAAGUUCAGAGCGAAGACCGCCUAGCUCAGCGCUACCCUUGCCCUUCGUAACAGAGACUGUUGGAGGCGGCUGGCACACAUACGACAUCUUCUCACGGCUGCUGAAGGAGCGCAUCAUUUGCCUCAAUGGCGAAGUCGAAGAGACUUCGUCGGCAUCGAUCGUGGCACAGCUACUCUUUCUGGAGGCCGAAGACCCGUCGAAACCAAUCAAUCUGUACAUCAACAGUCCAGGCGGUAGUGUGACGGCGGGCCUGGCCAUCUACGAUACUAUGCAGUAUAUACGGUCGCCUGUGACGACCAUAUGCAUGGGCCAGGCAGCAUCAAUGGGGAGCCUUCUACUCUGUGGCGGUGCUAAAGGCUCGCGGCACUGCUUACCACACAGUCGCAUCAUGGUGCACCAGGUAAGCGGAGGCUACCAUGGGCAGGCGUCAGAUAUUGCGAUCCAUGCAAAGGAGAUUCUCCGUGUGCGAGAGCAGCUCAAUCAGAUCUAUCAGCGGCAUCUCACUCCCAAAGAGGGCGGUACGAAGAGCUUGGAGGAGAUUGCAAGGGUCAUGGAGCGUGACUUCUUCAUGAGUGCCGAGGAGGCAUUAGACUGGGGCAUUGUCGACAAAGUGCUCGAUCGGCGUGAGCAGAGCGGCGAGGGGACGUGAUGGAGGUCGCAUUUGCAGCCAUGGCCGGCCACUGGAAUGUCACGCAACACGCCAGUGCGAGCUAGCUUCAAUGGCGAGCGUUCACCCA